ACCUUAGGAUAUUCCUGUCCUCUAACACACACGCACGAGCUAGAUAGUCGUUACCUUCGCACGUCACCACGAGACUCGUAAAACAAGUCCGAACCUCGAGAGCAUAAUCCCAUUUAAGCGGCCAUUUACGGCAACAUUCGGCCUGUCAGAACAACGUCAUUGAUCUAUCCAUAGUUAAGAUGCGGGGUUCACAGGCGCGCUCUCUCGAAUUGCUCGUCCUACAAGCCCACCGAGCAAAAGGAGUCCGUUAUCCGACUGCAGCCGCCGCUGAGAAAGAGUACUUCAAGACUUGGUAUUCGUAUGCUUUACGAAGAGGCGGUCUGCCAACUAGAACUCCGCCGGAAGAUGCAAUCCACGAUGGGAAGCAGUUGAAAGAGAGUUGCCCAAAAGGGAGAAUCUAUUUGUAAUAGCUGAAGUAGCGAUAACUAUAUCGAAGACUGAGUCGACACAUACUAGCUCGUUCGACUGUUACGGUUACGACCGUACUAUUCCGCACAUCUUUGGUCUUUCCACAUAUGCGUUGAAUGCGUCACAGAGGUAAUCGCACAUGGUUCAACAUUCUCUCAGGAAUUUCAUCUCGGCCAACCUUCAACGGCUGGUACCAUUCACCAAUCCUUAAUCGAGAUCUAUCCCCCAUGACCUACAUCGCAUAGCCGAGUGACUAAGAUGAAACGAGUAGUCUAGGAGACGUCUUGGAUGAAAAGUGAAAGGCGAUGACAAGGCGAU